AUGUUCAAACAAACAAGAGUGUUGCUACAAAAACCUAGUUACAACAUCAUGCCUUACACAAACAUGUUGAGAGAUCCCUCAACGAAAUACACCAUGGCCAAGGGCGUGAAACUCCCCGACAGAACUUGGCCCGACAAGCAAAUCACAAAAGCUCCCCGUUGGCUUUCGACCGACUUGAGAGACGGUAACCAGUCGCUCCCGGACCCGAUGUCGAUCGCUGAGAAGAAGGAGUACUUCAAGAAGUUGGUUGAAGUUGGCUUCAAGGAGAUCGAAGUUUCUUUCCCCUCGGCAUCACAGACUGAUUUCGACUUCACAAGGUAUGCGGUUGAAACCGCCCCAGACGACGUGGCCAUCCAGGUCUUGACCCAGUCCAGGGAACACCUUGUGCGCAGAACGGUGGAAAGUGUCGUUGGCGCCAAAAAGGCCAUCAUCCAUGUGUACUUGGCCACCUCAGACUUGUUCAGAGACGUUGUGUUCAACAUGACGAAACAGCAGGCUAUUGACAAGGCCGUCGAAACCGCCAAGUUGGUGAGAUCCUUAACAAAAGAUGACCCUACGAAACAGGAGACCGAAUGGAACCUUCAGUUCUCUCCAGAGUGUUUCUCUGACACCCCUACUGAUUUUGCUGUGGAGAUUUGUGAAGCCGUUAAAGCCGUCUGGGAACCUACUGUUGAGCACCCUAUGAUUUUUAACUUGCCUGCCACGGUUGAAGUGGCCGGCCCCAACGUGUACGCUGACCAGAUUGAGUACUUCUGCAGAAAUAUCAGUGAACGUGAGAAGAUCUGUGUGUCCGUCCACCCUCACAACGACAGAGGAUGUGGCGUUGCUGCUGCUGAGUUGGGUGUACUUGCUGGUGCAGACAGAAUUGAGGGCUGUGUAUUUGGUAACGGUGAAAGAACGGGUAACGUUGAUUUGGUCACUCUUGCAUUGAACUUGUACACCAACGGUGUCUCUCCCGAAUUGGAUUUCUCCGACAUCGAGGAGUUGAUUGCCAUCUCUGAAAAGUGCAAUAAGAUCCCUGUCCACCCAAGAGCUCCAUACGCUGGUUCCCUUGUUGUGUGUGCAUUCUCUGGUUCUCACCAGGAUGCCAUCAAGAAGGGCUUCCAGAGAGCCGAGAAGAACCCAGACGACCCAAUGUGGAAGAUUCCAUACUUGCCAUUGGAUCCAAAAGAUAUUGGCAGAACUUACGAGGCUGUCAUCAGAGUCAACUCUCAGUCUGGCAAGGGUGGUGCUGCCUGGGUGAUCUUGAGAUCUAUGGGCUUGGACUUGCCCAGAACUUUGCAAGUGGAGUUCUCCACAGUUGUCCAGAACGAGGCUGACAAGUUGGGUAGAGAGUUGAAGAUUGAAGAAAUCAACGAGCUCUUCAAGAAACAUUACAUCUACACCGGCGAGUCUUUCAUCACUCUCGAAAACUAUGAGACCUCCAAGACUAAGGGCGAGAACAACACUCGUGAGAUCCGGGCCGACUUGGUGGUCAAUGGCAAGCCUGUCACUGUUUCUGGUAACGGUAAUGGUCCAAUUUCCGCCUUCGUUGACGCUGUUGCCAAGCAGUUUGGUACUUUCUUCGAGGUCAAGAACUAUACCGAGCACACCAUGGGCGCAGGCAGCUCUUCCAAGGCUGCCACGUACAUUGAGCUCUCCUUCUUGGGUUCCUCUGGCAAGCAGACUACGAGAUGGGGAUGUGGUAUUGACUCCGAUGUCAGCGAGUCGUCUCUCAAAGCGAUUGUCGCUGUGCUUAACCACUUGAUCAGAGCUGGUGAGCUCAAGGUGUAA